GGGUUCCAUGUUAACUGUACAGAGUUUGCAGCCUAAGUUCAUCGAUGUAAAAGACAUAAAAAAUAAUAAUUACUGUGUGGGAUAUCAGAAGGGGUCCUUCAUCAAAAGGCUUCUGAAAAAUCAAUUGGGAUUCACAGAGUCAAAGUUGAAGCCAUACGAGACGCCUGAAGAACAUGAACGAGCUCUCUCCAGUGGUGAGAUUGCUGCUUUCUUUGAUGAAACCCCCUACGUGAAGCUCUUCCUCACAAGAUACGGCUCCAAGUAUGCUAUGGUGGGGCCAACUUACAAGACUGCUGGAUUUGGCUUCGCAUUUCCACUAAGAUCUCCGUUGGUAUCUUAUUUUUCAAGGGCAAUCCUAAAUGUGACUCAAGAUGAAGAAAAAUUUGAGAGGAUUAGGGCCAAGUACUUCUCCAGCAAAAUCAUAUCUGAAGAUGAAAGCGGAUCAUCAAUCCCGCACAGUCAGACUAGUCUUACUGUGUCCAGCUUUGGAUUUCAUCACCACAGGGGUCGCUUCUGGGAUUUCACUUCUGUUCUAUUUGUUUAAGUUUGGGUACUGUCAGUCAGAAGAAAGAUUUCUUUGGUUGUUACAGUUAAAGGCUCGAAUAUUGAAGUUCCUGGAUCGAAAGGAUUGCUCUUUUUCUCUGGAUGGAAGCGAUUUCAGAGUAUUCCCUGCAAGUAAUAAUAUUGUAGAGGGAGAGAGAGCCAUUACUGCCCAGAAUGAACAAGACCAGCUACCUUCUCCAGACUACAGUGACAACAUUCAGCGUGCGCAUCAGUCAGCACAAGAAGAAAUAGAGAGAAAAGAAUAGGAUUUUAGUUUCUUACAGACUCUGAUCACUUGUUAUAUUCUUCAUUUGAAAGACACUUUUAAGUGUCUAGGCAAUGCCUGUAUAUGAAUAAGAUAUCCUGCAACAAACUUAUGUGUAUCUCAUGGAUUGACAAUAUCCCCUAAAUAAGAUUAUAGAUUCGCAUUUGUUAAUAAAAAAAAUUAUAUUGAAAGAA